AUGUUGGAAGGUCUGGUGACCUGGGUCCUCAACAAUUAUGUCGGCGAAUACCUCGAGAAUCUGAAUGCUGACCAAAUCUCCAUCGCUUUGCUACAAGGUCAAGUGGAAUUGGAGAAUGUUCCACUGCGGAAAACGGCGCUCCGAAAGUUCGAUGUCCCAUUGGAAGUGAGGUCCGGGAUCAUCGGCAAGCUCACAUUGUCCGUUCCCAUUGCUCAUAUCAAGUCGGAACCAUGGGUUUUGAAAAUGAGCGAUUUGUUGAUUUUAUUGGGACCCAAUUCGGAUCCAUCGUCAAAUUUGGACCUGGUGGAAGAAAGCGAACAAUCCAAGAAGGAGCAGAUGUAUGAAGAGCUGGAGAAACUGCAUAAAGUAAGAGGUUAUAAGAUUUUUUUGUUUGCGUUUUAGGUGAUCAACAGAGAGGAAAUUGCAAAAAAUAGCAUUCAAGAGCUAAUAUAAUAUUUGUUAUCAUUCUUAGACAGUUUUCAGUAUUCAUGUAGUUGAUAUUCAAUAGCAUGUUAGAUUUCCUGAAUUUUUUUCUCACUUUCUGCUUCAACCUUUGAUUUUUCCCAUUUCAGCAACGGUUACUCGAUGCAGCCUCUAUCACCCUUCAACUGGAAGAAAUUCAGAAUGCAUGGUGGGGAGCUUCACUUGUUUCAGCCGUCUCCAAUAAUAUUCAAGUAUGUUUUCCCAUUUUUUCGUUUUUUAUUUAGAUUUUGCUCAAUAUUCCGAUUUUAGUUGAUCCUAAAUAAUGUUCACAUCCGCUAUGAAGACGACAAGACCAUGCCGGACAAGAUGCCGUUCCAUUUCGGCUUCAGAAUCCACAACAUUAGCAUCCAAACGACGAAUUCGCAAUGGGUGAGAAAAUUUUUUGAUUUUUUGAAUUUGAAAUUUAGAAACCUGGCUUUGUCCAACCGGAAGAUGGCACAAAUACCUUCAAGAAACUGGAUGUGAAAGGAUUCUCGGUGUUUUGGAAUUGCUCACAAGAAAUGGAUGUUGACAUUGACACCUACGAGAAACUAAAAAAGAUCCUGGCUCCGGAGACCUCAAAGAAUAACACUUUUAUUUUGAAACCGUUCUCAAUGACGGUUCGAAUGGAGAAGAAUGCCUCGAAGUUUCCAUUGAAACAAAAUCCUCCAAUCCCGAGGUUUACGGUGAGAAAUUUUUUUGGACUAAGGUAGCCUAAAGUAAUGUAAUUUUUGGGGAAAAAGACUGAUGAAAAUGGUUUUUUUUUCAGUUUGAUCUAAGGCCAGAACGGAUCGAAAUUGAGUUAUCGAAACGGCAACUUGCCCAAAUACGAGUGCUUUCGGCGGAAUGGGCGAGAUUUGACAGAGCAAGACAACAUCGGAAAUGGAGACCGCUGACAAGAAUAACGGGAAAGUAAGGGCUUUUAGAACUUUGGAUAGAAUUAAAAAGCCUUGAUUUUUCAUAUGACAAUAGUUUGAAUCGAAUAUGACUGCGGGAUUUUAUUUUUUUGAGCAAUUUUUAUAUUAUCCAUGACAAAACUUGGUUUCAGCGCGAAAGAUUGGUGGAAAUUUGCCUACGGACGGAUCGCCGAAGACAAUCGGAAGCAACGCUCGACGGCUUCAGCUGCAUUCGUCCUAAAACGUGCCAAAUUACUCAAUAAUUAUUGUAAAGCAUACACGAGAAAGCUCAAAGCAUUUGUCGCCGAUCAAAAGGCGAAACAGGCCAAAGUGUAAGUGAAAUUUUGAAGAUUAGUGUUUCGGUUUUUAGAAAAGACCCUAAUUCGAAAGUCGCAUCGACUAGUGCAAUAAGCCCCGAGGACUCCGCGUACAUGAAACAGAUCGAACAUGACUCGGAGUUUACCUACAAUGAGCUGCAUUUAUUCAGGGAAAUUGUCUUCAGAAAGUAUCUAAAACAGAUUGAAGCCGAAGAAAAUGGUUUGAAAGAGAGUGACUCUGCCGAGACGUUCGAAGUGGUAUCGCCGGAUUCGGGUAGGAAAUGGAUUUUUAAGGGGAAAUAUAUUGCACUUGGUAUUAAUGUUGAGAAGGGAAGUGCUCGCAGUGCGAGGGAUUUAUUUCUUUGAAAAUUGGUUGUGGUAAUCUGUGUGAAAUGUGGAUUAAUUUCAGAAAAUUUGAGCUUGCGAUAUGUGAUAGUAACCAAGAUAUUGAGUGAGCUUUGAAGUUUCUGGAUAUUCGAUUUUCGAGCUAAAAAUAUUACUCAUUUUUAUCAAUUGUGAGCUAAAAAGUUGAUAUAUGCCGAUUAGAAGCUUUAUUCUUAAUGAUCGACACGUUUGAGCGACUUAUUUUACGUAUUUCAUAUGAAAUUUAUAUUGUACUUGAUAUUAAUCCCGAUUUUUUUGAAAAUUUUCGUUUCAGAGCCCUCCCGCAGCAAAUCCCACGAUGUUUUGUCCCGAGAAACCUCCGUGGAACCGUCCGCUCAAAUGUCGUCCUCGAUGUAUGAUCGAAAAGCCUCGAAUACAAGUCAAACUCCAGCUCCACAAGGAGAACAAGGCCCCGGAUUCUACGGAUGGCUAGCCAGCUGGUUCACCGCUGGCGAGGACCCGAAUAAAAAGCCGAAAGAGGAGGAUAUUAAUCAAGCUGCGUUCUUGAAUAUGUGGCCUCAGGAUGGGAACAGAGAAUUGCCGCCGAACUUGAGGAGAGUGGAGAAAAGGAUUGAAGAAGAGCUUCUGGAUGUUUUAUCCGAAAGCUGGGAUGAUUCCACAGUACUGAGGAGGGAUAAUUUGUUGGCUGAAGUUGUAUUACAACUGGAGAGAAUGAUUGUUCGGUUUGUGGAUGAUGAUGAAGUAAGUUUUGAGGGAUUUUUAUUUUGUUUUAGGGGAAAAGUGGGAGUUUGAUGUUUUUUGGAAUGAAAGGGUGGGUUUAGUGUUUGUUAAUGGGGAGAUUUUGGCCUUGUGGGACUUUGAGGGAUGUGAAUUUAAAUUUUUGGAAAGAAACUUUGAAUUUUUUAUAGAAAAAUGUAUAUUGUUUUCGAUCAAAAUUUAGGGUUUUGAUAUUUUUUUGGAGGAGAAAGGUGAUUUUAAUGUAAAAAUGAAGAAAACAUGAGGCUAGAGUGUGUUUUUGGGUAUUUCUGUUUGAUUUUUCAUGAGAAAAAUCACAUAUUUGUCAGAUUUUUGAAGGAAUUUACAUGAUUUUCGUGCUUUAUUUGGAAUAUAAAAAUCCAAUAAAAAUUUGAUCUUUUGAAAAAAAUCAAAAUUUUAUUUGACUUUUUUUCAGCUAACAUGCCUUGGCCUAUCCCGCAUCCUAGCCCUAGACAUGUCCACAGUCGCCUCCAGGGUCCUCUUAUCCCCCCGAGAACACCGAACAGAAAUCAGUUUAUCGGUGAUGGAUAUGUCGGUCCAGCGGCUCCGCGUAGCCCCACAAAGAAGCCCCGAACUCAGCAGAGCGGGCUCGAUGAGCGAUCUUCAAGAAGACAUCGAAGACAGCCUUUGGACCGGCGUUGGAGUUGCCGCCAUGGAUACGGAAGUUCUUUUUGCGGUUGGGAGAACGAAAGGGGAUGAUAAUAAAACUGAUAAUACAAUAUCGAGUAGUGAGAAGAAAUGUGAACCGUUGUUGCAGUAAGUGGAGAGUUUUGAAUGCGAAUUUUGAGGUAUCUUGGAAAAUUUUUCAAAAAAAAAUUUUUUUUUGGAUUUUUAGUAAAGAAAACUGCAAAAUUUUUGGCAUUUUUUUCAAAAAAAAUUUUUUUGGGAUUUUUAGUAAAAAAAUUAGGAUUUUUUGGCUAUUUUUUAAAAAUUUAUGAUGCAAAAUGCUUUAAUCGUCAUGGUUUUAGAUUUUUCUAUCGACGUCUCGCCCCUCGUCUCAACGUUUUCCACGAAAUCAGCGCCAGUUUCCUCCCAAUCGCCGUGGUCUACGACGAGGACGCGCUGGACGGCCUCGCGAACCUGUUCGACACGGACUCGGCCUUUUUCAGCCAAGAUCAGACCAAAGAAAAGGAGCAGGAAGCGGCGUUGAAGGAGUUUGAACCCGACAAUCAAAUAUUCUUCACGGUCAACAUCCCGGAGGUACAGCUGGAACUGCGAAGCAAACGGAAAUCCCCGACGGACGAGAUUUUGCUCUGCCAAAAUUCCCAGCCCUUCGCUUCGGCCACACUCACCUCGGUUUGUAUGGGCCUAGUGAGGACGGAGAAGUUCCUCAGCCGCAUGAAAUUGGGCUUUGAUCAGUUCGAACUGAAGGAUUUGUUCGAAAAAACGCAUUGGCCAUUGUUGAAGACGGUCCCACCGAAUGGAACUAUCACUGGAACGGUGGGUUUAAGGUGUUUUUUGGGGAAAAUUGAAAGGUUGAAGGGCCAAAAAGGCUUGAAAAUGAGAUUUGGAUAUGAUUUAGGUGAUUUGCAGGCGGUUUUAGGCAUUUUUCGAACUUGCAACAGAAUGCCAAGAUUUGGCGGAAAAUUCAAAAAAUUGAAAUUUUUGUAAUUUUUUGGUCUUGGUUGGACCUCUAGGCAGUGAAUAAUUAGAUUAGGGUUUAUUUUUUUGUUGGAAUUGAAAUUAAAUUUAGAUUUUUUUCAUUUUUUUUUGACUUUCGGAUAUUAUACAGGGUGUUUCAAGAAAUUGGACAGAAACUAAUUGCGAAUAUCUUUGAGCUCUUGCUAGUUAUCGCAGAAAUUCUUUUUGUUUCUAAAACUUGAUAACGGGCGGUUUUGCACUGAGCAAAAAAAAUUUUUUUCGUCGGCGGAGAGGCCAGUUCUCGGCGGAGACAUUUGGGGCCUUUUUUAAAAAUCACACCUUAUUGUAUGGUGGAAGCUCUGUUACAACGGUCAAAAUUAUGUUUACGUUACACCUCCGUGGAUUUUACGGUAUGCUUUUUUUUGUUUUCGAUUUUCGCUCAUCCGCGGAGGCACGGCGGAGACCUCAGGUUUCGGCGGACGUCGUUUUGACUCUUUGGUUCAUUCAAUCCAGGUUGGAAAAAAGUGUGGGGUGAUUUUUUGUUGUCAUCCGAUGCACAGAUGCAAAAAUUUCCCACUUUUCUUUCCCGGCGGAGGAUUCGGCGAAGGCUUUAUCAAAGGGUCAGAACAGUCUUAGGAGUCCGGGAAAAAAACUCAGCUACAAGAAUCCAUCACAGCAACAUCAUUUUUCUUAUUUUUUGGUUCGGCGGACACAUCGGCGGAGGCUUUAUCAAAAGAGUCAAAGUUUUGUUUUGACCCUUUGAUAAAGCCUCCGCCGAAUCCUCCGCCGGGGGAAAAAAGUAAAAAAUUUUUGCCAUCUGUGCAUCGGAUGACAACAAAAAAUCGCCCCAAGCUUUUUUCCAACAUGGAUUUGCAAAAACCGAGGGCCCAAAACAAAAUCCGCCGAAAUCUGAGGUCUCCGCCGCGCCUCCGCGGAUGUUGCGUAAAAUCGAAAACGCAAAAAAAGCAUACCGUAAAAUCCACGGAGGUGUAACGUAAACAUAAUUUUGACCGUUGUAACAGAGCUUCCACCAUACAAUAAGGUGUGAUUUUUAAAAAAGGCCCCAAAUGUCUCCGCCGAGAACUGGCCUCUCCGCCGACGAAAAAAUUUUUUUUUUGCUCAGUACAAAACCGCCCGUUAUCAAGUUUUAGAAUCAAAAAGAAUUUCUGCGAUAACUAGCAAGAGCUCAAAGAUAUUCGCAAUUAGUUUCUGUCAAAUUUCUUGAAACACCCUGUACAUGGCAAAAUUUGAAAAAAAUUGUUGAUUUUGAUAUUUCAGAAGACUCGAUCCCUCUCCCUCCCAACUCUCACGGAUUCACAGACCUCCAGAAACGACUCGGACCUCUUUUCAUCGUCAUUACCAACAGAAUUAAAAGGAAUUUCAGGUAAAAUAAUGCCCAUUUUUGAAAAAAAUCAUCGAAUUUUUCAAUUUUAGCCAUCUCAGCCGACCUCAAAACGGCCAGAUCCCCCAAUUCGGCGGUCCCGCCGAGCUUGAAACGACCCGGCCUCGCCUUGGAUAAUGAUUUUGGUCAUUGGGACCAAAGCUGCGUAUUGCUGAACCUAAUUUUUGUGGAUGAAAAACACCCCAAAUUCGAAGAAACAUACCAAAAACAGCAUUGCACAGUCAAAGCCAACUUCAGUGAGGUUGAGGUGGGCAUGAAUGCACGAACCUGGACCAUGUUGUUGAACUUUUUUGGAGCGUUGGGCCAAAAACCAGGCCAUGGAGAUCAAUUUGUGCAUGAAUUACCGACGACGAGUGAAGCCGCGUCCGACCCAAUCCUUGAGGCAUUGUUGUAUGGCAAGAAAAUGAGCGAGGACGAGAUUGCGAAGGUAGGGUUUUACAUUAUUUUUUCUCCCAUAUUUUGCGCAAAAUUUGGCAAAGGAAGGAGUAUUAUAGGACUCCUACUUUUAGACUAGACAUAUCUCAAAAGAUGCUUAA